AUGAUUAAACAGUUUUGUUUUCUUUGGAGACGGUACUCUGUUAAUGCUUUCACUACCCGAACGCACAACUGUGGAGAACUAACCAGGAAAGAUGAAGGCGUGCGAGUGUGCAUCAAAGGAUGGCUCGCCUAUAAAAGAAUGGAUCGAUUCAUAGUUCUGCGAGAUUCCUAUGGAACUGUGCAGGCUUGUAUAGGCCCAGGGUCGGAGCUAUGCAAAAUGGUCAAGGAUUUGCCAUACGAAUCUGUUGUUCAAGUUGAAGGGACAGUUGUAAGCCGAGGGGAGAAUAUGAAUCCGAAAAUGAAGACAGGUGAAAUAGAGCACCUCUCGGUUUUGGCAGAUGAGGACGAUAUCGUCUGCGAAGCGCAAGUUGGAUAUUAUUUGCCGUCGAUGUGA